UUAGCCAAUCCAAAUCCAUGACUGUGCAGGCAUUCCCAGACUUCACCUUGCAAGAACGCUUUAGCCUUGUUUAUAUAACUCAUUCAGCUGUUCAUACCAUUUUAUAGACAACGAGUUAGACAGAACAACAGACAGGCAGAACGAGAAGAAGGUGAACUCUAAACACGCAAAUGUUCACGUCCCAGUGUUCGCUUCAGGAGUCCAUAGACGGAGAGGAUAAAAGUACUGAUCUCGAUCCCGAGGAGGAGGCGCCACCCGGCAACUUUUACUAUGCCCUGUACGAGAUACGGGAUGACAGCAGCGUUAUCCUCAUUGACACCAACCUGCCAUCACAGGCUGAGCCUGAUGUACAAAGCCAUAUUAGUAAGCGUCUUGGAAAAGGAACCUUGCUGUUUGGUAUUGGAAGCACAGCCACAUUGGAACUGAGUAUUCCCGAAAAAGUCAUUGGCUGUUACCACUGUCUGUUUCAGCAAGACAAGCAUGGUGCAGAAGAGGACAAGACCCUCCUGAAUUAUGUUGUCUGCUUCCUUGGAAGUACAGAAAAGGGUCUUGAACUUUUCAGAGUAGAACUGGAUGGAUAUGUUCAAGAGCUACCAAGUAGCCUGAUCCUCCAGGAAAGUGACACGAAAACUGAAAUUGGAAUAUAUGUGAGCAGUUGGUAUGAGGAUUCUAUUAUGUAUAUUCACAGAGUGGUCUUGCUUGCCCAGGAAAAAAUUUCCUCCUUGUUACAUGCUGCUUUGAGGCGCACCCCUGUAAAUGUCCUUGGGGCAGAUGACAAGACCAAACAGGACAUCGAGAGGUUUUUAAAUGCAGCUAGUGUGCACGGUUUGGCUCAGGAGGAUGUGUCCAGUACAUUGAGCUGUGGAGAAUCAGUGGUUGAGCCACAAAAAGGCCUCCUUAUAGACUGCAGUCAGCUACAGCCUACCUUCCUGAAUGAAGGAAAGAACAGAUUUUGUGAGGAGUGGAGCCAAGCCUUUCUGAACAGUGCUGAAGGGGGCAAUGCGUUUCUUCUGAGGCAGAUUCUGGAAAACUUCAAGCUAAAGGCAAUACAAGACUUGAACAACCUGAAGCGCCUGGUUCGACAGGCUGAGACGAGCCAUUACGCCCUUUAUCGCUGUUACACAUUCCUCCAGAACUGUGGCAAUGGAGAUGUGCUGCUGCAGAAUGUGAAGGUGGAGUACGCCGAGAUGCCUGAGGCAGGUAGUAUUGUCCAGGUGUUGGAAGAGUUCUCUCAGGAGGAAGCACUGUCUCAUCUGGACUGACAUAUACAAGAAGAACUUCACUUAUUUGUUACUGACACCUCUAGGGCAUCCCAGCAGCAAUGAGGAACUGUAUUCUCAGAGCAGGAACUGCUUUAUGGGUCGUCUGGUACCAUUACUGAUGCACAGUGAACAUGUUGAAAUCUCCCAUCUCUGUUAUCAGACGUCUGUAUUAAUUGUAUCACAAAUGCUAGCAACAUUUGCUUCCCUCCUAUACUCAACUCAGAGUGAUACAUGGACUCCAUUUUGCAAGAAACCAGCCCAUCUUCCGGUCCAUUUUGUUAAAGCAGUCUCACUAAGAACCCCAAUACACUCCUGGAUCUGAGGAUUACAUGUAAACAGCAAUUCCAUGUUUCACACCGUAGUCUUGGGCUUGGCCUGUAAAUGUGGUGCAUUAAGUCCCACAUUCCUGAAAUGUCUCAAUUUUUACAUUAGAAUUUGCUUUAUUAGAUAACUUCUUGCAUUCCAUCAGAAUGACCAAGAGCCACUUAAUAAUAAAAGUAAAUUAGUGCAUGGUUAGUGGUAGGCCAGACUUAACUAGCUGACACAGUUCAUGUUUGUGGGUAAUACCUGUUUUCAUUAUUUUCUAUUUUAUUUUAACCUGUGAGGCACUUUUUAACCUUUAGUCAUUUGCAUAUGUCAAAAGAGGCACACUUUUUAUGUAUGCACUUGUCCGUAACACUAACUUGUCAAUAAACAAAUCUGAAUAGUUUGUGAUGGAGUGGUGCCCCAUCCACAGCUGGUUCCUGUCUUGCCCCUGCUGCUGCCAACUCAGGCUCAAUGUAAAUAACCCUGAUCUGCAUUACACAUGUUUGAUUGUGAAUAGAUGAGUGGAUAGAUAGUAGUGAUAUUCGUUCUUAAUUAAAUCUGUCUUCUGACCAGUAUGAUGAAUAGCAAAACACUUGCUUAGCCUGAUGUUGUUUUGUUUGGUCAGACCACCUUGAGGCAAAGCCAGGAGCAAAUGAGAAUAUAAUAGAAACCUCACCUCUGUUAUAAUCAGACAAAUGAGUUACAGAGAAACUGGAAAACCACUUGCCAGGUCAUCCAUAGGGGGAAACAACUGAAAAAAUAACUGGGCCAGAAUAGAUAAAUACAAACAUUUGAGGAGACACACCUCAGUCUGAUCUGAUACAGCAGAAAAGGGAAAUAACGCAUUUGGCCAUGUCGUGUGCCAACUCUAGUCAGGCAAAGAGGAGGAAUGGAAGAAAAGUAUAAAGACCUGAGCAAGAUCAGCUGCACUGUAAUCUGAGGAGAACUGCACAAAGCAGCUCUGAUUCAUUAUUUAUGUCGUGCUGAAUGCUAUUCUCUUUGACGCCUGAAACAUCUCACCUUCUUUUCUAGAUCAGUUGACGAUAUCAUAUCCAAAUUAUUAAAGAGCAGUUUAAAGGGUAAUAUUACUUACCAGUAACCAUGAUAACGUGCACUGAAUACACUGGCCUUGAGUAUUCCUAGUUUUCAUCCUCUUUCUCUGUACGUUUAACAUUCGUUUGCUCAGAGGUUGAUGCACUUACUGCUUCCUGAGCAGCUCUUCUUUUCUUUUCUUUCAUCGGCAUCUUUUCACGUUAACACUGAUUAAGUCAGUGUUUGUGUUUCAAUCACUUAGUAUGUUUUCUUUAAUUUUUCUAUUAAGCUGGCACUUAAGUCUUCAAUCUGCCUCAAGAAUAAUUUAAGAUAUGAAGACAUAGGGGAAGUGACGGCAAAGGUGGUAGGGAUGAGAACGGCGCCCGUACGCAUGUGCUGCAUGCUGCUGAGAGUCAAUUCUACAAUAAAAUAAAAAGAGGAAUAACCUUGGAGGUCAAUCAUCACCCCGAAAGUGGACAGUAGAGGUCACGUAGUAGAUGUGUACCACAUUUCAGGUCAAUAGAUCAAACUGUUUGUGAGCUACAGGUGAUUUAAAAUCCUGGACAGAUAAACGAACAGCCACUGUAGCGUAUUAUAUAUAA